AUGAUUUUCAUGCAUGAACUAUUAAUAUUUUUUAUUAGUGAAGAAGAAGCAAAGUUUUUGCAGGAGCGUAUACAGACGACAGAGAAACAUUUAGCGGAUCUUUGCGAUGUUUUCAGUCAGUAUACUAGAAAAGCAGCGAGACUGAGAGACAAAAGCGAUGAAUUAGCACAGGUAGCAACUGCUUAUUCUUCAAAUGAGUCUAUAAAUAAGUCUUUAGCGUUAGGUUUAGAAAAUUUUGCAGAUUCUAUAUCGACUUUAGGUGAUUACGGUGAUCUUAGAACGCAAGCUUUGACGUUAAAAAUUACUGGUGCUUUAUCUAAAUACGAUAAUGUUUGCAAGAAAGCUAAAGAAGAAGUUAAAGAUAUUUUCGCCGCAAGACAAAAAGAAAUUCAAAGGAAACGACAACUGGAUAGAUUAAGGGAUAAAAAUCCAAGAAAUAGACAACUAAUAGAGCAAGCAGAAACUGAUUACCUGAAAGCAACUAGCGAACUAUCUAAAACAGUUCACGCAAUUGAAGAAAGAUCCGCAACUUUUGAAAAGCAAAAGUUACAUGAUAUCAAGGCGAUUUUACUGAACUUUAUAAGUAUCGAACUGGGGUAUCAUGCGAAGGCUUUGGAAGUUCUUACAAGCUCUUUUACGCAAGUAAACAACAUUAAUGAGGAUGUUGAUUUAGAGGAAUUUAAUGAAACAAGAAAUAAACUGGACUUGGAAUUUAAGAAGUCUUUACGUCUUUCCGGAUCAUUACAGAAAGCUGAUGGAUCAAGGGGAUUAUUACUUAGGUCUGCACAGUCGCUAGGAUCUCUGGGAUCCAUAUUUUCGGCAUCUGGCUCAAGAAGACCGACAACUGCGUUACACCAAUCCAAGGAAAAAAUAAAUAAACAGAAAACAAUUAAAUCAAAUGAAAAAAAACAUUCACAAUCUGAUGAUGACUCUUCAGAAGAAGAUACUUCUUCUGAUAUUGUCGAGGAUAAUGACGAUUCUGUAGAUACUGAUAGUAAGCUGUCUAGUGAUAAAGAAUCACCUGUAGUCAUUAGAAAAAGUAAUAUAAAACAUUGUAAUUAGGACUAACAAUACAA